GGGAGCUUGCUGUUAGCACCAUCUGACAACUGGAGUAUGCCUUGGAUGAACCGUCUGUCCGUCUUCAUUCAUCUUGUUCUUUUAUAAAUUUAUUCUCAUGGCAUCUCAAAAUGGUUCAUCUCCUGAUGAAAAUGCCGGUCAACAAGACGGGAAAACGGUAGCUGCGUAUAGCACCGUUGCUAGUCCAAAGACAUGGAAUAUCUUGGAUGCCGUUCUUUCGCUCUUGAUACCCGGACUUGUUCUCAUCCAUCUCAUUGUUGCCCCUUACACAAAGGUCGAGGAGUCAUUUAAUAUUCAGGCCGCCCACGAUGUUCUCGUCUACGGAACGCCCACGUCGGACAUCUACCACAAGCUGUCUAGCAACUACGACCACUUUACCUUUCCGGGUGCUGUGCCUCGGACAUUCAUAGGCCCCGUGCUGCUGGCCGGGAUUUCGCAGCCCAUUAUUGCCCUCGUUGGGUUCCAACAUGCCCAGUUUGUUGUCAGAGCCGUCUUGGGACUCUUCAACGCAACAUGUCUCCUCGUCUUUUCCCGGAAUCUUAGGCAGGCAUAUGGAGUCUCUGUGGCAAGAUGGUAUCUGGUCCUUCAGGCCAGCCAGUUUCACAUCAUCUUCUACGCCUCGCGGACGCUGCCAAACAUGUUUGCAUUUGGACUGACAACGCUGGCCUUCGCCUUCCUCCUUCCUCAUCCCACCAGACCCAAAUCCGCGGGCCCCCGCCAGCGCCUCGCCGUAACCAUGUUCGUCUACGCUGCCGUCGUCUUUCGCUCCGAAGUCGUCCUGCUGCUGGCCACCAACGUCCUCUACCUCAUACUCCUACCCGCACUCUCCCUGGAGCGCGUCAUCUUCCCCUUUUGCGUCUCCUUUCUUACCGCACUGGCCACCUCGGUGCCCAUCGACAGCUAUUUCUGGCAGCGCCCGCUGUGGCCCGAGCUGUGGGCAUUCUAUUACAACGUAGUCAAAGGCUCGGCCUCCCAAUGGGGCGUGUCGCCCUGGUACUACUACUUUGUCUCAGCACUGCCCCGGCUCCUCGUGAACCCUCUAACCUACACGGUCCUGAUCCCACUCGCCCUGCGGCACCCGGCCCUUCGACCCGCCGCCGCCCGCCUUGUCGUCCCCUCCCUGCUCUUCAUAGCCGUCUACUCCCUCCAGCCGCACAAGGAAACCCGCUUCAUCUUCUACGCUGUCCCGCCGCUGACUGCCGCUGCCGCGCUCGGGGCAGACCUGCUCUUUCGCCGGCGGCGGUGCAAGGGCGUCGUUGCUGCGCUGGGCGCCGCCCUCCUUGUGGCGUCCGUCCUGGCCUCCUUCGUGACGAGCUCCGCUAUGCUUGCCCUCUCGGCUCUGAACUACCCCGGCGGCGAGGCCCUUGCGUACGUGCGGGAGUCGAUCUUGAGCGCAGAGGUGCCUGCUGCUGCUUCUGCUGUGGUUGGUGCGGACGGUGGUGCCGGUGACUCGUCGGGCGCGCUGGUGUUCGUCCAUGCUGACGUGCUGGCCUGCAUGACUGGGGUGACGCUGUUCGGGACGGCGACAGCCAACGCCGCUGCCAGUGUCGCUGCUGUUCCUCUGAGUGGAUCCCGAGACGGGGGCCUGGUGAAUCAGCGCCGCGCGGGGGGGCGUGACGGCGGGGUAGUGAUUGUGGUGGACAAGACGGAGGAUCAGGUCGAGUUGGCGAGGCUGGAUUUCUGGAGGCAGUUUAACUAUGUGCUUGUAGAGAAGCCGGAAAAGGUCAGGGGGAUGAGUGGGGAGUGGGAGACUGUGGGCGUGGUCAAAGGGUAUGCGGGAAUUGAGGUUGCCAGACCGGGAGACAAGGAUGAGGAGAGUGCGGCACAAGUUGUGGGAUCGGGAAAGACGGUAGCGCUCUGGAAGAGGAGGGUAAGGGCCCUCACUGGGGGCUGGUGGGUUGGACCUGGGAUGGCGGAGAGGAUAUACAUCCUGAGGAGAACAAAGGGUGCGGCGAGGAGGAUGACCGCUGUUGAGGCCCGGUAACUCUGUGAGCGCGACGUUUCAUUUAGCUUGCUGCGAUUAUCUUCUGACUGAACUGUUUGGAUCUUGAUACAUUAGUUUCUAGUCGGCGCAUGAGUUGCGGGCACCUGUUCGUCGGCAGCCCACGCUUGGCCACCAGGCCAUUUGCCGCCGGGGAAGUUGUAAGCACAAGGGAACAAG